AUGCAGCGCGCCCUAUCCUCCAGCGUGCGCUCAGCACUUUCCUCGACUUCCCCAUAUUCUCGAGCGUCUGGUCGAAGUUUGCAGCAGCUGAGAUUCGCACACAAGGAACUCAAGUUCGGAGUAGAAGGACGAGCAUCACUGCUCAGGGGUGUUGAUACAUUGGCCAAGGCUGUCGCGACAACAUUGGGUCCAAAAGGUCGAAAUGUAUUGAUAGAAUCGAGCUAUGGCUCACCUAAGAUCACAAAGGAUGGUGUCACAGUUGCCAAAGCGAUCUCGUUACAAGAUAAAUUCGAGAACCUCGGCGCACGACUACUACAGGAUGUGGCCAACAAGACCAACGAGUCGGCUGGCGAUGGUACAACCACUGCUACUGUCCUAGCGCGAGCCAUCUUCUCUGAGACUGUGAAGAACGUCGCAGCCGGCUGCAACCCAAUGGAUCUACGAAGAGGUAUUCAGGCCGCCGUUGAUGCCGUUGUCGACUUCCUACAAAAGAACAAGAGAGACAUCACUACAAGUCAAGAGAUCGCGCAAGUGGCUACAAUUUCUGCCAACGGAGACAAGCUCGUUGGUGACCUCAUCUCGAAUGCUAUGGAGAAGGUCGGCAAGGAGGGAGUUAUUACAGUGAAGGAAGGCAAGACCAUCGAUGACGAGCUGGAAGUUACUGAGGGUAUGCGAUUCGAUCGAGGUUUCCUCUCCCCCUACUUCAUCACCGACACAAAGAGCCAAAAGAUUGAGUUCGAGAAGCCCCUCAUCCUCCUAUCCGAGAAGAAGAUCUCCGCUGUUCAGGAUAUCAUUCCAGCCCUCGAAGCCUCUACUCAGCUCCGUCGACCGCUCGUGAUCAUCGCUGAGGAUGUUGAUGGCGAGGCUCUUGCGGUCUGCAUCCUGAACAAGCUGCGAGGUCAGCUACAGGUCGCAGCUGUCAAGGCUCCAGGUUUCGGUGACAACAGAAAGAGCAUUCUUGGUGAUAUCGGCAUCCUCACAAAUGCUACUGUCUUCACUGAUGAGCUGGACAUCAAGCUUGAGAAGGCCACUCCAGAUAUGCUCGGCAGCACUGGCAGCAUCACAAUCACAAAGGAAGACACAAUCAUCCUCAAUGGUGAGGGUAGCAAAGACUCGAUUUCUCAAAGAUGUGAGCAGAUCCGAGGUGUCAUGGCUGAUCCAUCCACUUCUGAGUAUGAGAAGGAGAAGCUACAAGAACGACUUGCUAAGCUUUCUGGCGGUGUCGCAGUCAUCAAGGUUGGUGGCUCAUCCGAAGUCGAGGUCGGCGAGAAGAAGGACCGAGUUGUUGAUGCACUGAACGCUACUCGUGCCGCGGUCGAAGAGGGUAUUCUACCUGGUGGUGGCACUGCCCUAGUCAAGGCUGCCGCAAGUGCUUUGGACGGCGUCAAGCCAUCUAAUUUUGACCAGCAGCUCGGUGUUAGCAUUGUCAAGAAUGCCAUUCAGAGACCUGCCCGAACCAUUGUUGAGAAUGCUGGUCUCGAGGGAUCAGUUGUCGUUGGCAAGCUACUUGAUCAAUACGGCAAGGAGUUCAACAAGGGCUUCGACUCCUCCACUGGCGAGUACGUUGAUAUGAUCCAGGCUGGUAUCGUCGAUCCUCUCAAGGUCGUGCGAACAGGUUUGAUUGACGCUUCUGGUGUUGCCUCCCUGCUAGGUACUACUGAGGUCGCCAUCGUUGAGGCACCAGAAGAAAAGGGCCCUCCAGCUAUGGGUGGUGGCAUGGGUGGAAUGGGAGGUAUGGGCGGCGGAAUGUUCUAA